GUUCUGCCGAGUGCAGGCAUCUUUGGGAGGACAACUAGACACAUCAGAAGCAGGGAAUGGUCCAUAGGAAGGACACCCUGAUCCAUCAGGAGCAGGAGAUGGAGCCAGUGAUCUUUGAGGAUGUGGCUGUGAAGUUCACCUCAGGCGAGUGGGCUUUGUUGGAUUCCAAUCAAAAGAAGCUCUACAGAGAUGUGAUGAAGGAGACAUUUUUGAACCUGACCUUCAUAGAGAAAACACUAGAAGAAAAUAUUGAAGAGGACUACAAAGAUCUCUGCAGAAAUCUGGGAACUCAGGUGGUUGACAAAGACUGUGGAUAUGAGUGUGAUAGUCAGUGUGAUGAAAACCAGGAACCAAUUUCAGAAAAUAUUGUUAAUAAAGACAUACCUUCUGCAAUAAGAGUUUGUGAAAGCCAAGCGAAUGUAAGAAACGUCAUUGGUCAUUCAUCCUCACAUGUGUGUCCAAGAGUCCAAACUAGAGUGAAACAGCCUGAGUACAUGGAAGCUGUGGCAAGGGCUUUCAAACAUGAGAAACAUUGGAAAGAUCUCAUUCAUUCUGAGUCACUUCAGAUACGUGAAACUUCUACAGAGAAAUCCCAUAAAAAUCAACAAUAUAAUGAAGCCUGUGGGAGUCUCACUUUUGACAAGCCUCAGGAGAGAACUCAAACCAAAGAUAAGUUCCAUGUGGGAGUCUUAAAGAGAUACAAAUAUGUCCGGAAAGAUGAAGGAGUCAAACCGCUAGUGUGUGAGCAUUGCCAAGAAGCUUUCAUUGAUUCCAGUGACCUCAUCAACCACCAAAAAAGUCAUACUGGACACAAAAUCUACAUUUGUAAGCUAUGUGGGAAAACAUUUCAAUAUGCUUCCUGUUUUGAGAAACAUAAAGUAAGUCACAAAGGAGAGAAGCUUUAUGCAUGUAAGUAUUGUGGGAAAGGCUUCACCCGCUCCUAUGGUCGUAACAUUCAUGAAAGUAUUCACACUGGAGAGAAGCUUUAUACCUGUAAGCAUUGUGGGAAAAAUUUCACCAGUCCCACUUAUUUUAAAAUUCACGAAAGAAUUCACACUGGAGAAAAACCUUACACAUGUAAAUAUUGUGAUAAACCCUUUGCCAUUUUGAGUUCUCGCAAUGCUCAUGAAAGAGUUCACACUGCUGGGAAGGCUUAUGUGUGCAGGCACUGUGGAAAAGCCUUCACCAGUUCUAGCUGGCGAAACGUUCAUGAAAAGGGUCACACUGGCGAGAAGCCUUAUGCAUGUAAGCACUGUGGAAAAACCUUCUUUGGAUCUAGUUCUCGUAACUGUCAUGAAAGAAUUCACACUGGGGAGAAAUCCUUUGUGUGUAAAACAUGUGGGAAAAUGUUCCUUCUCUCUCAUCAUCUUAUGAGCCAUGAGAGAAUUCACACAGGAGAAAAACCAUAUGCGUGUAAGCUUUGUGGAAAAACCUUCACCAGUUCCAGGUGGCGUAAGACUCAUGAAAGAAGUCACAGUGUAAAGAAGCCUCGUUCUGCAUGUAAGCAUUGUAGAAAGGCUUUCACCAGUUCAAAGCUCUGUGCUACUCAUGCGAGAACUCACACUGGAGAGAAGCUUUAUGCUUGUAAGCUUUGUGGGAAAACCUUCACCAGGUCCACUCACUGUAGCACUCAUGAGAGAACUCACACUGGAGAGAAGCCUUAUACGUGUAAGCACUGUGGAAAAGCCUUCCCUAGUUCUUAUAAUCGUAACAUUCAUGAAAGAUCUCACACUGGAGAGAAGCCUUAUGCCUGUAAGCAAUGUGGGAAAACUUUCACCAGUUCCACUCGCCGUAAUAUUCAUGAAAGACUUCACAGUAGAGAGAAGCUUUAUGCAUGCAAGCAUUGUGGGAAAACCUUCACCAAUCCCACUCGCCGUAACACUCAUGAAAGAACUCACACUGGAGAGAAGCCUUAUGCCUGUAAACAAUGUGGGAAAACCUUCACCAGGUCUACUUACCGUAACAUUCAUGAAAGAAUUCACAGUGGAGAGAAGCUUCAUGUAUGUAAGCAUUGUGGGAAAACCUUUGUCACUUCCACUACCUGUAAAAUUCAUGAAAGAACUCACACUGGAGAGAAGCCAUAUGCAUGUAAGCAUUGUGGCAAGACCUUUACCAUUUUGAGUUCACUUAAUACUCACAAAAGAAUUCACACUGGAGAGAAGCCUUAUGCAUGCAGGCAUUGUGGAAAAUUCUUCGCCCGCUCCAGUUAUCGUAAUAUUCAUGAAAGAGGUCAUACUAGAGAGAAGCCUUAAGCAUGUAAGCAUUGUGGAAAUACCUUUGUCAAUUUCAGUUGGUGUAAUACUCCUGAAAGAAGAUCGGAGAGAAAGCCUUUGUGUGUGUGGCAACUGUUCAGUCUGAUGAUCUUACAUUCAUGAAAGAAUUCAUACUGGAGAGAAGCCUUAUGCGUGCAAGCAUUGUGGAAAGGCCUUCAGCUGCAUUUGUCCUAAGAAUCAUGAAAGCUGUCACACUAAAAAAUAGUAUAAUACAUGUAAACAUUGGGGCAAAGCCUUUACAAAUCCCACUUGCCAUAGGAGUCAUGAAAAUAUUCACACUGGAGAAAAACCAUUUAAAACUCGGGAAACUGUUUCUUUGCUCUCAUUUUAUCAAGCACAAAAGAUCUCACAAUGGGGAGGAACAUUAUUAAUGUCACCAUUAUGGGAAGCCUUUAGUGCUUCCAGUUUCUGUAGCAUAUAUGGGGCAGCUUACACUGGGGAGAAGCCUUGUGAAUGUAAUCAUCUAACAAAAGCUUUCACCAGUUCCAUUUGCUGUAACAUUCAUAAAGAAUUCACCCUGGAGCGAAACUGUACAUGUGUAACCCUGUGGAAAAGCCUUUAGCAGUAAGUUUCUACUGUAGUCAUGAAAGAGUUUCCCAAUGGUGAAAAACUUUAUAAUAAAUGUGGGAAAUAAUUCA